AUGAACGAGCUCUUUUCCAGCUUCAAGAAGUUGAAUCCAACGUCACCAACAGCAGAAGCGACGUACGACUGUUCUGUGAGAUCUAGCACUUCAACUAACUCUGAUGUGGCCUUGUAUGGAUGCUUUGAGAAACUGGGCAAACUAGUAUCGCUUUACAUUGGUGAUUUGGACCCAAAUGUUACAGAAGACAUGCUUUACAAGCAUUUCGGGGGCUUCAAAUCGUUAUCAUCUGUCAAGAUAUGUUGUGCUCCAGGGACUGGACUGUCCCUUGGGUACGGUUACCUUAACUUUGGAUCAAAGGAGGAUGCCAACAGGGCAAGGAAGGAGCUAAACUGCACAAAGCUCUUGUCUAAGGAGGUUCGCAUCAUGCCAUCGAUUAAAGACAAGGAGAAGCCAUUUCUAGCAACCAACGUUUUCAUAUCAAACUUGAACACUGAAGUAAUCCACUCACUUCGAGAUUUCUAUGAGUAUUUCAGUGGUUAUGGAGAAAUAUGGUCUUGCAAACUUGACUUGAAGAAGAGACAAGGCUUUGUUUCCUUCCAAGAUAGGUACACAGCGGAAAAGUUUGUUGAGUCCAUGAAUGACCAGGUGUUCCAUGGAUCAAGAAUCUUCUGCUCUAUACAUAUCCCCAAAUCCAAGAGACAGGCUAACCAGACACAUUGUCUACCUUCCUCCCCGGAGUUGACAUUAACAAGAUCCAGUCCUAUCAACUCAGCUUUGACGUGUAACAAGGAUACAGUCUCGCCAGUGUCGAGCGAUAUUAAGGACUCCGCUUCUGGAUUCAACCAGGUCUACAUUAAGGGUCUUCCUUCCAAUCUGUCAGUAGACUUGAUUAGGGCAUUGGUUGAAAAAUACGCCGAAAUUGAGAAUAUCUAUACUGCCCAUCCAGCGCAGUACAGUUCUCUGUGGGCAAUUGUAACGUUGAAGAACAAAUAUGACGGUCCUAAGGUGACACAACACCUUCACAGAACUCUUUUCAAUGGAAAUAGACUUGUCUGCGUGAGAGCUUUAACAAGAGAAGAACGUCAAAGACAGCUUGACUCUGAGCAGACAAGUUCCCUUUUCCCUCGAGCACCUCAAAGUAAAACGUUCAAAGUCCAUCUAUACAAUUUGGCUCCUCAAACUACUGAGAACUUCUUCAAGAUGUUUUUGAAGAGCUAUACAUUUGAAGGAUCAAUUCUCAAAUACUACAUUUGUGCAACUAGCAAGGAGUCUAACUCUAGCUAUAUUGAAUUCACCAGUGAAGAUGAUGCAAAAACUAUUCUAAACAAGUUGGAUGGUAACUUGAAGAAGCUCACCAACAACAGAAUAACGACAUUUCAGGAUCGUCAGCAGAAGUUUUAUAUCAAUCCCAGUGGACCAUCAUAUCCUUUAGCUUUUGGACAGGGAUAUCCAUUUAUCCCUCUUUCACUGCAACAACCAAACGGGUUAAAGGGCACUAGAAGUUUCCCUCCAAUGUCACAAGAUACUCGUAUCAAAUACGACUUUGCAAAUUCGAUUCCAGUACCGGUUGAAACUAUUGAGUACUUGGAAUCAUGGCUAGAGAGAAUCAUCCCAUCUUAUGUUGAUUUUUUGAAAUAUCCAGGUGCUACGAGACCAAGAAAUAUCAAGAUAAUUGUGAGGUAUUUGGUGGAUAGCUAUUGGCGUCAUGAUCCAGUUGCCAUUAAACGUGAUUUGGUGAGUAUUUCGGCAAAGAACCCGGAAGCUGAGAUUAUGUUUAGAGAGAAGUUAGUUCAAGCCAUGGAGUAUUUUGGGUUUUCCAGAUGA